AUGGCUACCUCGUCAGAAAAGCGUCCCAGAGACUCCGAAUCUUUAGAAGGUCCUUUAGUGGAUGAAAAGAACAUUAAAAAGCAAACCAAUGCCGCACCUGAAGAAGAACAGACUACUUAUGUGGAAAAGUUCGAAGAAUUAAAGCUAUCACAGCCAACACUGAAGGCUAUUGAAAAAAUGGGUUUCACGACUAUGACAUCUGUGCAAUCUAGGACCAUCCCGCCUCUUUUGGCUGGUAGAGAUGUUCUUGGAGCUGCCAAAACAGGUUCGGGUAAAACGCUGGCCUUUCUUAUCCCUGCAAUCGAACUACUGCAUUCUUUGAAAUUCAAACCAAGAAACGGUACUGGUAUCAUUGUUAUUACGCCUACAAGAGAGUUGGCUCUACAAAUUUUUGGUGUAGCAAGAGAGUUAAUGGAGUUUCAUUCACAGACUUUCGGUAUUGUUAUUGGUGGUGCCAAUAGAAGACAGGAAGCUGAAAAACUGAUGAAAGGUGUUAACAUGUUGAUUGCUACCCCCGGCAGACUGCUGGAUCAUUUACAAAACACAAAAGGUUUCGUAUUCAAGAAUUUGAAAGCUUUGAUUAUCGAUGAAGCAGACAGAAUUCUCGAAAUCGGGUUUGAAGAUGAAAUGAGGCAAAUCAUCAAGAUUUUACCAAAUGAAGAUAGGCAAUCCAUGUUGUUUUCUGCCACACAGACUACCAAGGUUGAGGACUUGGCUAGAAUCUCGUUGAGACCGGGCCCUCUUUUCAUAAAUGUCGUUCCUGAAACCGACAACUCUACCGCAGAUGGAUUAGAACAAGGUUACGUUGUGUGUGAUAGCGAUAAUAGAUUUUUGUUGUUGUUUUCCUUUUUAAAAAGAAACCAAAAGAAGAAAAUCAUUGUGUUCUUAUCAUCGUGUAACUCUGUGAAGUACUACGCCGAAUUGUUGAACUACAUUGAUUUACCAGUCCUUGAAUUACACGGUAAGCAAAAACAGCAAAAGAGAACAAACACAUUUUUUGAGUUUUGUAAUGCAGAAAGAGGUAUAUUGAUUUGUACAGAUGUUGCAGCCAGAGGUCUAGAUAUCCCUGCAGUGGACUGGAUUAUCCAAUUUGAUCCUCCUGAUGACCCCAGAGAUUAUAUUCAUAGAGUAGGCAGAACUGCAAGAGGUACCAAGGGUAAAGGUAAAUCUUUAAUGUUUCUAACUCCUAAUGAAUUAGGGUUCUUAAGAUACCUAAAGGCUUCCAAAGUUCCAUUGAAUGAGUACGAGUUUCCCACCAAUAAAAUUGCUAACGUUCAAUCACAACUAGAAAAACUAAUUAAAUCCAAUUAUUACCUACAUCAAACAGCCAAGGAUGGUUAUAGAUCAUAUUUACAAGCAUACGCUUCUCAUUCUUUGAAAACUGUCUACCAAAUUGAUAAGCUAGAUUUAGCCAAAGUAGCAAAGUCCUAUGGUUUCCCAGUCCCUCCAAAGGUCAAUAUUACCAUUGGUGCCAGCGGAAAAACACCAAACACAAAAAGACGUAAGACUCAUAAAUAA